AAAAGGAAUCAGUUUUAUGAUGGAAAACACUAGAAAAUCUUCAUUUUCAUAUUGUGGAAAUGUUACAUUAAACAUAACUAAACACAACAUGUGAUGUCAACGGAUUGAUCAACUAAUCAUCGCAGCUGUACCCAACGUACAGCAUUCAGAGAACCAGCAGGAAUAAUGGAGUUUCAUUCAUAUUGUGCUUUGUGAACACAGAGAGAGGUUCUGGGAACACUUGACCACGCCUCUCUUUGCGCCCCUCGCCCCUCCUUCAGAUACCACCGAGGCAUGUGUCCUGGAGACGUGUGCUUUUGUCAUGAAGAUCAUCGGCCUGGAGAUCUACUACGUCGUCAGUGGGUCUCUGGAGCAGUCCCUGAAGGAUGGGCUCCAGAAGUUUUCCAACGCUCGGCGAUACGAGUACUGGUCCCAGUAUGUGAAGUCUCUGGUGUGCCACGUGGCAGAGAUGGAGGAGGAGGGGGUCGGCUCCCUCACUGAGACCCAGAUGCUGAUCUCUGCCUGGAGGAUGCUGCUGAUUCUUUCCACCUCCCAUGUGUGUGACAGCAAACACAGUCUUUGUUGCAGGGUUUUCAGUGGGCAAUUUUGAAAGAAGGAAGUUACU